CGAGCAGACGCAGUUGACUGGGCUGCUGGGUUCAUGCGGGCUCAGUACCGCACCAACACUCUUCUUUAACAACAACAACAACUGCCACUGAAGGAAAUAUUAGAGAUGAUGUCGAGGUCGCUGAGAGCGGAGACUCGCUCAAGGGGCAAGGAGGAGACCAAGCGGUCUAUGCAAGCACUGGACAAGGUCCGGAGAUGGGAGAAGAAAUGGAUAACUAUACAUGAUACAACAAUGAAGAUUUUUAAGUGGGUUCCAAUUGCCACAGAUGAGCGAAAGAAGAAGAGUGGGAACAGUGCAAAUAAAGAAAACCGUAUGUGCAGCCGAGACAGCAGCAUGUCAGCAUUUCAGAUGGGUGGAGAUGACUCUAAUACAGCCAUGUCGAUGAUGAGUGAUUCCCAGGAUGCUACAGAUUUCUCAUCUACACAGUUCAACAUCUCAGAAGACUCAAAUUCUGAGCCACCAUUUAAGAAAAAGUUGAUGGAAGGUCGAGGGGAUUCCAUAUAGUUGUCAUAGAAAGAGGAUGAUAAAAAUAAAUACAUAUUGUACUUUAGGAUUAUAUUAUUUAUAAGUUUUGUAUCAGGAGGCAUAGAAAUAUACCUUCAGGAACAUGAAGUAUAUUAGACAAGGUUGUUAGAUGACAGAAUUAUUUAGCUAUGUUAUAUAAAUUCUCACAUGGAAAGUAAGCAAGUAGUGAUUAAGACUUUAUUUUUUACUACACUAGCCAUUUCCCACUGAGAUAAGGUGACCAAAAAGAGGAAAAUUCAUCAUCAUUCUUUCAGUAGCUUUUGCCUGAAGAAUGCAGAUGUCAUGUUUUGGAUAGCCGUCUGAACUGCAACAUUCCCCCCCCCCCCCAGAGUGCAGGCACCUACUUCCCACCUUACCUUGUUGUCCCAUAAGUUUAUCUGUUACACUGAAAUGGGUUGUACAUACAGUAAAACCUUUUAAUAACUGAUUUUCGUCAUUUCUAGCAAAAGAACUGGCAGGACAAAUGUUGGAAGCUUCGGACAAAAUGGAAAAAAAAUUAUAAUUCUGGAUUUUGUAUGUUAGUAUGUUUUUAUUAAUGAUGCCUUAUAAAUAUUGUUUUUCUCUUGGUUAAUGUUUUACCAAAUGCAUUCAUACUUUGCAUAUGUUACCAGUAUACAUGUAUAAAGAGCUUACAUUUAUUUGAUAAAGAUUGGUGAAUAACUAUAGAUUUAUUUCCAAUGUGUUGUGAGUGGUUAUCAGGUAGGGAGAGGAAAGGAGGUUGGCUGGCUGGCCACUGAGGGAGGUCCCAGUCAUGGCAGAGGGGCACAUGCAUGCAUGCUGCAAGCUCACUGCAUGCACACACCCACGCAUGCACCUGCACACACCCACGCAUGCACCUGCACACACCCAUGCAUGCACCUGCACACACCCACGCAUGCACCUGCACACACCCACGCAUGCACCUGCACACACCCACGCAUGCACCUGCACACACCCACGCAUGCACCUGCACACACCCACGCAUGCACCUGCACACACCCACGCAUGCACCUGCACACACCCACGCAUGCACCUGCACACACCCACGCAUGCACCUGCACACACCCACGCAUGCACCUGCACACACCCACGCAUGCACCUGCACACACCCAUGCAUGCACCUGCACACACCCACACAUGCACCUGCACACACCCACACAUGCACCUGCACACACCCACACAUGCACCUGCACACACACCCACGCAUGCACCUGCACACCCACCCACUCAUGCACCUGCACACACACCCACGCAUGCACCUGCACACACACCCACGCAUGCACCUGCACCCACACCCACGCAUGCACCUGCACACACCCACGCAUGCACCUGCACACACCCACACAUGCACCUGCACACAAACAUGCAAGCACCUGCACACACACCCAUGCAUGCACCUGCACACACCUACGCAUGCACCUGCACACACCCAUGCAUGCACCUGCACACACACCCAUGCAUGCACCUGCACACACACCCACGCAUGCACCUGCACACCCACCCACGCAUGCACCUGCACACCCACCCACGCAUGCACCUGCACCCACACCCACGCAUGCACCUGCACACCCACCCACGCAUGCACCUGCACACACACCCACGCAUGCACCUGCACACACCCACGCAUGCACCUGCACACACCCAUGCAUGCAUCUGCACACACCCACGCAUGCACCUGCACACACCCACGCAUGCACCUGCACACACCCAUGCAUGCAUCUGCACACACCCACGCAUGCACCUGCACACACCCAUGCAUGCACCUGCACACACCCACGCAUGCACCUGCACACACCCACGCAUGCACUUGCACACACACCCACGCAUGCACCUGCACACCCACCCACGCAUGCACCUGCACACCCACCCAUGCAUGCACCUGCACCCACACCCACGCAUGCACCUGCACACACCCACGCAUGCACCUGCACACACACCCACGCAUGCACCUGCACACACACCCACGCAUGCACCUGCACACACCCACGCAUUCACCUGCACACACCCACGCAUGCACCUGCACACACCCACGCAUGCACCUGCACACACCCACGCAUGCACCUGCACACACCCACGCAUGCACCUGCACACACCCACGCAUGCACCUGCACACACCCACACAUGCACCUGCACACACCCACGCAUGCACCUGCACACACCCACGCAUGCACCUGCACACACACACACCUGCACACACACACACAUAUGCACCUGCACACACACACCUGCACACACACACACACACCUACAACACCUGCACACACACACACCUACACACACACCUGCACACACACACCUACACACACCUGCACACACACACCUACACACACCUGCACACACACACCUGCACACACACACCUACACACACACCUGCACACACACAACUACACACACACCUGCACACACACACACCUACACACACACCUGCACACACACACCUGCACACACACACCUACACACACACCCACACACACACCUACACACACACCUGCACACACACACCUGCAUGCACACACCUGCACACACACCUGCACACACACACCUACACACACACCUGCACACACACACCUGCACACACACACCUACACACACACCUGCACACACACACACCUGCAUGCACACACACACACACACACACCUUACAUCAGUUGCACAAUUAAAUGAGAUCAACACCUAUCACCUAGUUAAAUAAGUUUAUAAUCAUACACCUAACUUACAUUUGUACUGCUGAAUAUACUGCAUUUUAAAGUUUAAAUGAAAUGUGCAAUCACGUUGCCUCGUGAGAAUUUAUUAAUUUUUUUAGUACAAUAAUCAUACCCUUUCUACUGAGGAAAAUGGAAUAUUUCACAAAAAAGAAGUGGGUUAAAGUCCAGGAUUACUAAAUUGUGAGAAAAAGUUUUUGAUGAUGAAAAACUUGUCAUCUCAUUGUUGUUCCUGUUUUUAGAAAUGGAAACAACACUGCUUUAUACUCAUUGUGGUUUAUAGUGGUCUUGUUAAUGUAUGUUCAUUAGUGCCAACUCUGCAUCUGUUAAGUUCACCACCAUUUCAGAAGUAUUGCUAGACUCUUGAUGUACAGUUGUCUAUUCAGAGAUUCAUUUUGUACUUAUAAAUAAAUAAAAAAUAAAUAAAUUUUUAUAGUGAAGACAUGUAAAAAUGGGAAAACAAUAAAUAAACAGAAGAAUAGCUAGGGACUCAAACUGUGGUUUAUGCAUAUAGCAGACCUUAUACUAUUACUACUCUGUCAUGGAACUUACCAUAAGAUAUGCUGUAUGACCCCUUCAUGUUAAUUUGAUAUUAUUACCAUAGGAUGAUAUUACAAAUAGCACUUCUGUGAAAUUUUUGUAUCAGUGACCCUACUAUCCAGUCCCACACCUCCAGAAGCUUUAAUGGUACAUCUGUUCUCAUACGGACUUUGCCUUUAAAGUCAUAUAGUCCAUAAACACAAGUAAGUCAUUUUCAUUACAACUUAUUUUAGAUUUAUGGGAUAGCAGGAGUUACCAGGCAUGUAAACUUGGCAUUAUAAUGGUAAUAUUGUAGUUACAUUCAUUUCUUUAUAAGUAGACCUGGUUUGAACUGCUACUUACUUUGAUCAAUAAUAUAAUAUUUGUAUUAAUAUUGGUAGAAUUACCAAAAAUAUGCUAAAUAAAAGACACUUGUGCCACAAUAAAAUGUUACAUUAGU